AUGGGAGAACCCAGGGAACUGGAAGCCAGCAAAGUUGUCCUCCUGCCCAGUUGUCCUGGAGCCCCAGGAAGUCCUGGAGAGAAGGGAGAGCCAGGUCCUCAAGCGCAACUUGGACCACCAGGCAAGAUGGGCCCCAAGGGUGAGCCUGGAGAUUCAGUGAACCUGCUCGGGGGCCAGGAGAGCCCCAGGAGCUGCCAGGAGCUGCUGAGCCGGGGUGCCACCUUGAGCAGCUGGUACCAUCUGUGCCUCCGAGCCGUCCCAGUCUUUUGUGACGUGGACAUCACAGAGGGGCCGCUGGCUGGUGAGCGAGUGUCAGGGAGAGAAGGGACUCAGAAGUCAGGCCCACUAUUCCAGCGGUGACAGGAUGGUUCCGUGGAUUUCUUCUGCUCUUGGUCCUCCUACCAAGCAGGUCUUGGGAGCCAGGAGUCCGAAUUCUGGCUGGAUAAUGAGAAUUUGCCCCAGCUUACUCUCCAGAGUACCCGGGAGCUGCGGGUGGAGCUGGAGGACUUUAAAGGCAACCGCACCUUUGCUUGCUGUGGGGCCUCCUUGGGGAGGCAGGUCACUACCCAGCUAGUGCUGGGCAGGUUCUCAGAGGGCACUGCAGGGGACUCCCUGAGCUUCCACGGCAGGAAACCCUUUACCACCUAUGACACCAACCAUGAUACAAGCGAGAGCAACUGCGAGGUGACUGUCCGUGGUGCCUGGUGUUUCAGAUCCUGCUAUCAGUCCAAUCUCAAUGGGCGCCACUGGAUGUCCGAAGCUACUGCCCGUAAUGAUGACAUUGACUGGGCCUCAGACUGUGGCGUGGGCCACCCUUACCACAGGGUUCACAUAAUGCUUUGCUAG